AUGUUUUUGAAGGGGGAAAAACAGGGAUUUUUAUUAUUAAAAGAUAAAAAUGAAUUUUGUUUAAGAUAGAAGGCAUUGGAAACAUUGGUUUCAUAAUAUGCCAUUAUUAGACAGUCUCUAUCUGAUGGAUGGAAAUUAUUCAUUUCCUCAAAGAGAGAGAAUAAAUUGGUUGGGGAUAAUCUAAACAAUGCACUUUCUUUGCCCACGGCAAGCGUUGCACAUUUCAGAGCCAUGAGAAUGCUCCUGCACUUGAGUCUCCUAGCUUUUGGAGCUGCUUCCACGUGUGCUGCUGCCGUGCUGAGUCCCAUGCAAAGGCUGGUGGCAGAGACCAUGGCGCUGCUCUCCACUCACCAGGCUCUGCUGAUAGGCGACGAGAACCUGAUGAUCCCUACUCCUGGACAUAAAGACCACCAACUGUGCAUUGAAGAAGUCUUCCGGGGGGUGGAGACACUGAAGAAUCAGACUGCACAAGGGGACGCCGUGGAAAAACUCUUCCAAAACCUGUCUUCCAUAAAAGAGUACAUAGACGGCCAAAGGAAAAUUAAGUGUGAAGGGGAACGAUGGAGAGUAAAAAAAUUCCUGGAAUACCUACAGAGGUUUCUUGGUGUGAUGAACACUGAGUGGCCAAUGGAAAAUGAAGACUAAACUGGCUUCUUGUAGCGAAGGGUUUUGGAGGAGGAGAAGGAUGUUUUCUUACCAUGAAGAUGAGGGUCAACCAAGGGUAGGGCCUUCGUGUUCAAUGUAAUUAAACUUCCAAGGCAAAGUAUCAGUCAUUUCAGGCAUACUGCUACUUCACUACCUCAUCUAGGAAGAAAGCACAAAAAUAAAGUUUUCAAGAUAUAUUUCAGAUAUAGGACUCUUGGAAAUAUUUUCCUCCAGUCUGUUCCAGGCAAAAUAGAUGUAUACUUUUAUCUUAUUUAAUACAACAUCCUGUAAACAUGUCUGUUAACUUAAUAUUAUUUAUGAAAUGGUUAAGGAUUUGGAAACUUACUAUUUAUUUCAUGUAAUGCU